AUGGACUGGAAGACGCUCCAGUCCCUACUGAGCGGCGUGAACAAGUACUCCACGGCCUUCGGGCGCAUCUGGCUGUCGGUGGUGUUCGUCUUCCGGGUGCUGGUGUACGUGGUGGCGGCGGAGCGCGUGUGGGGGGAUGAGCAGAAGGACUUUGACUGCAACACCAAGCAGCCGGGCUGCACCAACGUGUGCUACGACACCUACUUCCCCAUCUCCAACAUCCGCCUCUGGGCCCUGCAGCUCAUCUUCGUCACCUGCCCCUCGCUGCUGGUCAUCCUGCACGUGGCCUACCGCGAGGAGCGGGAGCGGCGGCACCGCCUCAAGCACGGGGACCAGUGCGCCAAGCUGUACGACAACGCGGGCAAGAAGCACGGCGGCCUGUGGUGGACCUACCUGCUGAGCCUCGUCUUCAAGCUCACCAUCGAGUUCGUCUUCCUCUACGUGCUGCACACACUCUGGUACGGCUUCAGCAUGCCGCGCCUGGUGCAGUGCGCCAACGUGGCGCCCUGCCCCAACACCGUGGACUGCUACAUCGCCCGGCCCACCGAGAAGAAGGUCUUCACCUACUUCAUGGUGGGCGCCUCGGCCGUCUGCAUCGUGCUCACCAUCAGCGAGAUCUGCUACCUCAUCUUCCACAGGGUCAUCCGAGGCAUCCGCAGCAAGAGGCCCCCGGGCAGCCGCAAGCCCUCAGCCAGCCGGGCCUCCACCUGCCGCUGCCACCACAAGCUGGUGGAGGGCGGGGAGUUCGCCCUGGACACCCACAACGACAAGCCGCAUGCUUCAGCGCCCACGCUGACCCCCAUCUGA